AAGUUCACUCAAGAAGAAAGAGGUUUUGAAAGCAUCCUUUUUGUGGUCCAGGAAUUUCUAGUCUUGUGGUACCAAGAAUCAGAAUUAAAGUGUGAAAUGAAGUUUAAGGCCUUUCUCACUGACCAUGGUGUUAACCUUCUGGAGAAGAGAUUCCUUCAGGCCCUUGACAAAAUGGGAAAAGUAUGCCAUCUUUAUCUGACCAGGGACCAUGCAAUUUUUCUCCACAACCUUCUCAAUGGUGAUGGCAUCCAAUCCAUUGCUCAGUUCCGCAAAGAAGCCCUCUUUGAAGAUUAUCGUAUCUCUAGCCAAAAUGAUGACCGUAUUGCCUUCACCAUUGACCUCUCCCUCCUCCACCGAGCCCUCCGCAGCAUUGUCACCAUUUACACGGAAUUUGGUGGUUCACACAGCAGCGAUGCUGGUGGCCCUACCCUCAAUCGCCUCCAAAUUAAGUUAGUCAAAAAACUCCCUCCUCAUUCGCAGCAACCAAUGCCGUUUCUCACUUUUGAGACCAAAGGCUACAAAUCUGCCGUUAUUCAAGAUGUACCCAUCUCUAAACCGUUAUCCAGGUCCGAUGUUCUUGAACUCCAAGCCGCUCUAGACAUGGCGCAAGAUUUGCCACAGACUUUAGUCCAAGUUCCAGACAUGAAUCAGUUACAAAACUUUGUGGACCGUAUGAAACAUGUUGGCGAUGUGCUAAGCGUUUCUAUAAGCAGAUACGGGGAUCUGCAUUUGCAAAUUUCGACCACGUUGAUCACACUUGGGGCAGAGUUUCGAAAACUGUUGGUGAUAGGAGAGCAAGCGCAGGUUCCGACCGGGGAUGAUAGUUUGAGUGCUCAGUCUAGAACACGAAGGGCGAUCGAGAGGGGAGAUGCAAUGAGCGUGCAAGUGAGCGUGAAGCAUUUCUUUAAGUCUCUCCAGUGUCAUUUGGCGAAACCCGAUUGUGCUUUUUAUGGAAUUGGCCAACAGGGUUCUUGCUUAACUGUCGUGUUUCAGUUCUUCGUACCGGGUACGCGCCAAACCGAUAAAUCGAUCAGUCUGCAUUGCCGCCUUCCGGUACUUGAUCCUGGUGCUGAUUGAAGGGAGUUGCAGAUUUGAAAUUAUAGUGUUGAUGUUAUAUUUUAGCUUUUUCAUGAAAUGUACAUUUUGGAACUUUAU